CCUGAGCGAGGUGCUGUUAUUCAGGCAGAAAGACUAUCACUAUUUGGUUGCGGGUAAUAUUUUUUAUUUUCAAAAUUAAUGAAAGACUGACAAACUUCUCGACUACCUCGACUCGCACGAAUGAUCUGAAACGCGAACCUGGUGAUGCCCGAGGGAAGAAUGCAUCCACCCGGACAACUUAUUCCCGUGGAUUUGCGCCACGGAUCGCGUAACGGCGUUAUCCGGCUGUUUUACAAAGUAGCAGGUAAACUUGAAAAAUAGCUAGCUAGGUAGCUAACUGGCUAACCUCGGCUUUCACCAAACUGUGGCGACUCGUAUUUAUCAGCUCUUCUCGCUCUAAGUGGACGGUGGGGCUGAAGUGAAGAGUUUAAAGAAAAGUUUGUGUGACUGGGAUAACUAGUUGGACCCAGUCUGUGAGUGUGUGUGUGCUGGCGGCUGUUCACACUAAACCUGUCGGAGCUGCUCCAUAACUUCACUCCAGCGUCCCGCUGUCUGUCUAUAGGGAGUUUUACCGAGAGUUAAAACUGAUUCUCGCGUUCAGAGCUUUUCACUUAGGACAGAAAUAUGCGACAGAGUCGAGACCACGGGAUAUAACGCCGGGGCGUUUUUCUGGGCGGCUUUGCAUUGGCUCGAACAGUUUGGCGUGCGGCCUGCUGGUCAGGCUUUCGCCGCGUUCGAUUUGGGGCUCAAGCCGCACUAGAGCGCGCUCUGCCCGGCCGCCUCUACCAGCCACACUCGGGUUCGCCGAAGAGCCAUGGAGAGGAUGGAGGUGGACCAGUGCGCAGGCGCAGCUGGCGGAGGCGGUGCUCUGCGGCGGUCCAACAGCGCCCCCAUGAUCACUAAUGUCAGUGAUGGGAUGACCGUGUUCAGCUCUAACAGCUCAGCUCGGUAUCGGCGGAGCAGUGUGUCAGUAAACCCAAGCUGCCCUUCUAGGACCCUCCCUCUUUCCCCGUUCUCCUUGCCCAAUGAGAGGCCAGAGCACAGGCGUCCGAUGGAGAAUAUGGAACUCACUCUCAGAGGGAGUUUGCAGAGAUUAAGUGCCUCAGCUGCAGUCCCUUUACCUCCUGCAGGACACUGGCAUGAGCAUCUGUCACCAGGAUUCCAUUCCCAGGACUCUGGUGUCACUCCUAAUUCUUCACCCAGUCCAACAAGAAGGUUCCGGGGGGGGUCAGUGAGUCCAGCUGUUAGAUGGCCGGUGGUUGCACCUUUAAAACGAAAAGGUGGAGUGGAAUCUGAUGGCCCACCAAAGAAGCUCUUUGUUGCUGGAGUUGCAGAUCCUGCCCAUAUAACUAGCUGCACUGUCAGUGUUUCCCAGUCUGUGGACUCUUCCUCAGGAGCUAUGCCCAUAUGUUCAAGCCCUCAGAGCAGCCCUCUUUCGCUCUCCCCUCCACCACCUUUCACCUCUCACCACCCCAGCAUCUAAACCAACGACAUUGAGCUUUACGCACUCAGCAUCUUUCAUUUUAGCGAGACCAUCUUAGACCAUCCUUAGAGGCCUGGACUGGGAACUGAGGUUGAAUGGACUAUCAGAGUAAAAAAAACAAUGUCUCUGUCUUCACUGCUUCUCAUGCUUUCAGCCCUCUUUCAGUAAGUGACCCUGUGCCGAAAUCUGUGUCAGUUCUUCAUUACUACAUGGUGCUUUGGAGGAGUGUGGGUUUUUUCUCUUCUACACAACUUCUGAAGAAACUUAUCUGAAAGGACCUUUGAAAAUGGAAGAAAGCUGGAUAUAUGUUUGAAGAGGAGAGCUGAAGAGAAAAGGUUUAAUUGUGCCAGUGUUGGCACGGUAUUGUCCAUUAUAAAACUUGUAAUAGUAUAAUAGUUCAUUUGCACCAAGGCAAGGAUCUGUGGCCCUUACAAAGUAUAUCUUUUUGUAUUUGCCUAUUUUAAGCGUGCAAAUAGACAAGACUUUGUUUCAGUUAUUUGCCUUUUUUGCUUUAUUUUUUUAAGCAGUGGCAGAACAUCUGUUCUUAAUGUCUGCAACAGUUGAUGUGAUCCAAAGAGGUCUUCCAAAAUGUAAUUAUCCAGAUUUGAAAUACUCAGUGUUAAGACAGCUAGCUUGAAGGAUUCUGAGAUCAGUGGGCUUUUUAGGCCACAACGCUGUUUAUAUGUAUGCUCAGUAUGUAAAACAACAAAAAAGGUGUAUGUUUUUUCUUUUGUCUUGUUUUAAAUUGUUCUUCUUAUGAUUUAAGAUUUUAUGAUAAUUGUUUUCACAAAAAAGACAUGAAGUGUGAAAAGAACCCUUUUAUGGACUGACACUGAGUGGGUUUCACUCUGAAAACCAGAGUCAGCUUGUUCUCUAGAUCACAGUAUAUGGGUACCGUAAUUGAGGAUGAUUUUAGCACUUUGCUUAGAUAUUCCACUUUAAAAAAUGAACAUGUGACCAGAGCAUUUUCGCACCACAUGAAAGCCAAAAGCAUUUACCAGCAUUUGCCAUAUGUAUUUUAAUGCUGCAUUUAUGUAGCCACACCCUUGUGACCCUUAGCUUGCAAACCAUGUGAAAAAGAAAAAAGACAAGCUGCAUGUGUAAAGUAUAAUGUAUAAUAAUAAUUCUCCUUUCUAUGUAAAAUGUCUUAUUUCAGACAUGGUUUAAUUUGAUGAAUAUCUUUUUUUGUCUUUUAUUUUGUUUGCACAGUGUUGGACAUUAUCAGAGUUAAUCAGCAUUGCUGUUACGUGAAUGGGAUCAUAUUUACGUUUUUGUUUUGUUGGUUUAUUUGAGUGUGAGUAGGGGAGAUUGAAUGUACAAACUAACAGAUGUACAGUAUUUUUGAUGGCAGACGUCAUUACAGACUUGCGUUAUGAUGCUUGGAGAAAUCAUGCAACAGAACUCUAUGUAUGGCUGUUGUGGAUCUAGAUGUGCACAGCAGACGGUGCCCACAGCACUUCACUUAUAUCGGAAUUUUAGUCCAAAAAAUGUUGAUCGUGUUGUGAUUCCGAUGAGCUCAACGAGCGAAGAAGGAACAUUUUCAGCAGUUUUUAAAAAUGUAAUUGCCUUUACUUUCAGUUUGUCAUGUUGUUUUUCUUUUUUUUUCUUCCAUAAGCUUUAUUGCUGGUACAAUGAAACGCCUUGUUUGAGUAAUUCCAAAGACACUUGCAUAUGUUGUCACUUCCAGUCUCUAGUAUGUUUAGUGCGAUUUAUCAAAGAUUGAUAUCAAUGCUUACCUAUGUUGGGUCUUCAAGAGGAAUGUGCAAUAUAGACUGAAAUACACCACAGAGUAGGAUUGAUUAUGUUUUGAAGUAAUUCCCCAUGAUCUGUAUGUUUCUUUUUUUAAUUUCAACCAACGCAUUGGUCCUGUUAAUUCAUUAUUCAGUUAAUUCAUCUCCCAUUUCCUUUUUUUAAGAACGGCAGGUUUACUUUAAGGCCAGAAAUAGUCUAUUUAUUUCUGUGAUAGUGUCCUCUAGUAACCUGGACUUACUUGGAAUACUUCAUUAUUUCAGUUGAAGAACAAAAAUAAUUUGGACAAUUUAGUCCAAAUAUUGUGUUUCAUUUGAUUUCUUUUUUGUUUCUUUAUUUUAUUACUCAUUUAAAUGGGAGGACAGCCCCAUUUAACCAUCAUAAGUAAUCUGUAAAAAAAGAAGAAAGAAGGGAAGAGCUUUAAAGUGAUUUUUGAUUGUUACAAAUUUGGCUGAGAUGUCAGUUGGGAGGCCUUCAAUGAAGAUAAUGUUUUUAAGCACACAGAACAUUCUACAAUAUGGCUGACUGUAGUUCUUGCCACUUGUGUUCAAGAUGUAAAUAUGUUCCAGUUGCCACAAAGAAAAGAAGAUAAUGUAUUUUUAUGUAAGUGUAAUAUAAAACAGAGGCAACAAAGGCAUAUUCAUUCCCUCUGAAUAUCACAUACAGCACCUGCUAAAGUCUCAUUUCUAGUGGAUAGGAAGUGCUGUUCACAUUUGAAUAUGUAUAUUACAUUGUAUAUAAAGAUGAACAUGACAAUAAAAGAAUACUGUAUUUAAAAAA